AUGACUGGAAUGCUUUCGUACUUGCUCUACGGAGCCGUUGCGUUGGCUGCAGGUGUGCGCGGCGUCCCGACCUGCUCCCCACAGGACCCUCCCACAACAGACCCCGACGCCGAGGCUCGCACAUUCGAGGCUGAGGAUGGAACCCUAAGCGGGACGACCAUUGACACGGCACAAGCCGGGUAUACCGGUACUGGCUACGUGACUGGCUUCGACGAAGGCGACGACAAGGUCACCUUCACGGUCGACAGCACCACCACCCGCCUGUACGACCUCAACAUCCGCGUGGCCGCCAUCUACGGCGAGAAACGCACGUACGUAGUCCUCAACGGCGGCGCAAGCAGCGAGGUGUACUUCCCGGCCAGCGAUGACUGGGCGGACAUUUCCGGUGGCCAGCUGCUCCUGAGCGAAGGCUCCAACACUAUCGACAUCGUCAACAAUUGGGGAUGGUACCUUAUCGAUUCCAUCACCUUGACCCCAUCAACCCCUCGCCCGCCGCACGAGAUCAACGCCGAACUCGUCAACCCAGCCGCCAACGCGGACGCCACCGCGCUGUAUGCCUACCUCCGGUCCAUCUACGGCAACAAGAUCCUGUCUGGCCAGCAGGAACUUUCGGACGCCAACUGGGUGGGCGAGCAGACGGGCAAGAUCCCCGCCGUGGUGUCGGUCGACCUGAUGGAUUACUCCCCUUCGCGGGUGGAGCGCGGCACGGUGGGCACGUCGGUGGAAGAGGCCAUCGUGCACAGCGAGCGCGGCGGGAUUGUGUCGGUGCUGUGGCACUGGAACGCGCCGACGGGUCUGUACGACACCGAGGAGCACAAGUGGUGGUCUGGGUUCUACACGGACGCCACGGAUUUUGAUGUUGAGGCCGCGCUUAGCUCGACUACCAACGCUAACCACACGCUGUUGAUACGGGAUAUCGAUGCUAUUGCCGUUCAGCUCAAGCGGCUGCAGGAUGCCGGCGUGCCGGUGCUCUGGCGCCCGUUGCACGAGGCCGAGGGUGGUUGGUUCUGGUGGGGGGCUAAGGGUGCUGAGCCUGCUAAGAAGCUGUAUGCCGUUUUGUAUGAGCGCUUGACCGAGUACCACGGGCUCAACAAUUUGAUCUGGCUGUGGAACUCUUUGUUGGAGGAGUGGUAUCCGGGUGAUGCAACGGUGGAUAUCCUGACUGCAGAUGUCUACGUCCAAGGCAAUGGGCCCAUGUCGACGCAGUACAACCAGCUCAUCGAGCUCGGCCAGGACAAGAAGUUGAUUGCGGCUGCCGAAGUUGGCGCGGCGCCCCUUCCUGAUCUCCUCCAAGCCUACGAGGCCCAAUGGCUGUGGUUCACCGUCUGGGGCGGAGACAGCUAUAUUCGGAACCCCGACUGGAAUUCGCCUGAGAACUUGCAGACGAUCUACGAUAGUGAAUAUGUCCUCACUUUGGAUGAGAUUCAGGGCUGGCGUAGCUCGUAA